AUGAGAAAGAGUACUCUCAUCAAUGGGAUGGUCAAUUACGCCUAUGGAGUGAAACGGGAAGAUGAUUUCCGUCUAAUGCUGGUCACUAAUGAAGGAAUUGGAAGGUCUCAAGCUUGGAGUCAGACAAAGUGGAUCACGGCGUACGUCCUCCACAAGGAUGAAGGAUUCGCACUUCCAUACACUUUGACCUUGAUCGAUACGCCAGGAUUUGGCGAUACCGAUGGAAUACAUGCGGAUAAGGAGUUGAGAGAACAGAUUCAUGAAUUCUUCUUGAAAGGAGGGAAAUUCGGGGUGGAUCAGCUCGAUGGGAUUUGCUUUGUCGUACAGGCAGCUCUGGCUAGACUCACACCAAGUCAAAAGUAUAUAUUCGACUCCAUAUUGUCUGUGUUUGGAAGAGAUGUUGCAGACAUUAUUUAUGUGCUCGUCACGUUCGCGGACAACACAACUCCCCCUGUUUUGAAUGCCAUCAAGGUGGCUGGUGUUCCCUACAAAGGGGACUUCAAGUUUAAUAAUUCCGCCCUUUUCCCAGACAAGCAGCACUCGAAGGAUUUCGAAAGGAUGUACUGGGAGAUGGGCGCAGAAAACUACGAAAUGUUCUUUAGAAAAUUUCUGGAGACUAGACCUGUAAGUCUCACAUUGACGAAAGAGGUGAUGCAGGAGAGGAAGCACUUGGAGACGACGCUCCAGGGCCUCCAGCCGCAAAUUCUCACAAGCUUGGGAAGACUGGAACAAGUCAGACAGGAACAUGCUACGUUAAAACAGCACGAAGCUGAUAUAUUAGCCAAUAAAAACUUUUCAUACAAAGUGAAAGUUCAAAAACAGUUAAAGUUGAACCUGAAAACCGGUGAAUAUGUCACAAAUUGCCUAAAAUGCAACUUCACCUGCCACUACCCCUGCACCGUGCCAAAUGACGAUCGAAAAGGAGAUUGUGAUGUCGUGAACUACAUGACAGGCCAGUGCAUGGUCUGUCCUGGCAUGUGUCAUUGGAGGAACCACGUCAAUAACCAGUAUCGCUUCGAAAUAGUAGAAGAAGAGGUGAAAAAAACCUCUAAAGAGCUCAAGGCAAAAUACAAACGAGCGGCUGGCGAGAAGUUCACUGUCCAAGGAGUUGUGAAAGAACUCAUCAAGGAAUUCAACCAGGAGAGGGCGAAAGUCCUCGAUCUAACUAAGAGGGCGCACAAAUGCUUGCGAAAACUCGAGGAAAUAGCCCUGAAGCCCGAUCCUUUGGAGGAGUGCACGAAGGAGUUCGACGAAGAGGGUUUCGACAUCUGCUUAUUUGACCCUGAUGAUCUUUGGGAUUCACGAGAACAAGCACGGGAAGCUCCAUACGAAAACCGAACUGGCGCAGAGGGCACAAGGGACGAAGAACCGAAUCGGAGAAAAUCAUCGUGCCUGAAAAUCUCAUUUGAGGGAAGCAUUCCAGAGGAAACACAAUCCGUUACUCCAACCAGUAGCUUAUCAGUUUAUUAG